UUUCCCUGAUGAUCAUGGAUGCUAUUUUCCCUGACCACUGCUCAUAUUUGAUUUAGAUAGUUUCAUGCGUGUCUACUUCAUAUGCCUUUUGCCAUCUCCUUUUAUGCCAAGUGGCAUUUGGUCUUGAUUAUUCCUGUUUGCAACUUGAAUUUUUAAAUCCUUGGCCUUCACAGGGUUGAACAUGUGGAUGCGGUUUUGUUGCUCAGGUGAUGAGGAUUGUGAACAUUUGACUAAGUAUAUUAACUUCGAGCAUGCUUAUGCUUGUCAGUGAAACAUUUAGGAGUGCAUUGUGCAGUCCUUCCCUUGAGUCUUGUAUGAUUAGACUUUACCUAUCUGUGAAAGGUGCUUUUGGAGGAGACUGUUAAUUGUAUUGUGACAUGUUUAUCGGUUUGUAUGUUUUAUUAAAAGGAGAAUUAUUUCCUUAACUGAACCUUAAAGAGUACUGCCUUAACUGAAUAAUUUUAGAGUACGGUGGUAUCUGCCUAUCAACUUUUUGUUUCUAAAUGAGUUGUUAUUGCUUUCUGGUGAACAUCCUGAUUGAUGAGUAUAACUCAUAUUUGACUUGAAGUUUGAUAUGUAUUCGGCAAUUGGUUUUCCAAUCAUCUGUUAUUUUUAUGUUUGACAAUGAACUUUUUGUAUAUGAUCUCUGACUUGUAGUUUGUUCUAUUUUCCUUUGAAAGUCAAUCUGUUUACUUUGACUUCUUUGCCUUGUCUCAUGGAAGCUCAUUCUCUUUUUUUUUUGAAGUAAUUGUUUUUUUGGUGUACUUGUGAUCAGAGUGGGUGUGAAUUGUUAGUUUUAUGAGGUUGAUCAAAUAUUGAUCUUUCUUUGUUUCAUGGUUCUGGAUGCCAAUGAAUCCCUGUGAAAUCAAUCUCCAUGGAUGUUCCCUUCACUUGUGUUUCUAUUGGUUACAAAAAUGGUGUUAAUUUAAUAAAAUCAAGCAGAAGUUCUCAUUGUCUCUUUCUGAGCAUGAUGAAUUCCCCAUCAGUUAAAAUGGAGGAAUCUUUUUGGAAUAUAUUCUCUUAUGUCAUCUUAAUGAGGAGAUUAGUUGACUUUAUUUGGCUAUGUUCCUGCUUAUACACAUGUUUUUCACGAACUAAUGUGACUUUGUUCUUUGUUCCUGCAAUUUGCAUCAAAGGUACAUAGUUCUUGCCCCUGCAAUUUGUAUAUGUGGACAUUGUUCUUGCCCAAGUUAUCAGGACAGAGGCUGCAUAAUUCGGUAAUAGGAAAGUCUGCUUGACUAGUUUACUCUUUGGUUCAGCUUUUACUGAUUACCUUCUCAUGGUUUAUUUCCAAUGCGAUUAUUUUGUUUUCUCAUCUUCAACCCUUCAUAGAACUUUGCUUCUGAGGAUAAUAACAUGUUAGCAUUUGUGUAAGUCAAUCAAUACAAUCAAAGUUAUAAACAAUGGCACAUUCAUGUUGUCAAUGAAAGUGACAGAAAUUUGUGUUUGGUGAUCAUUAAAUAUUGUUAUGGUAUACAACUGCCUUCGGCCUUCCUACAAUUCCUUUGUUAGAAUUCACUGCAGCGUGUGAGUGCAGAGAUGGAGACUGACUAUUCGCAAGUAAUUUAAAUAUUCAAUUUCAUGUGUUUGUUUUUUUCCCUAUUUAUUUGCGUCAUUGUUUCUCAAAACUACCGGCCUGUCGUAUUUCAUAUUUUGAGGAUAAGUAAUGUUGGAUCAUGGUACUCCUAUUUCUGUGAGAAUAAAAAAAAUGCAUGAAAGAUCUUAACUCAAGAUAUAGUUAUUUUGUGCAAGCAAACAUACUAAUCUUAAGCUGUAGCUGUUCUUCUGGAAAACACAACAAAGCAACACUAUCAGCUGGCAUAAUUUAUUGGUGCCAUUUUCUGCUCUUAGUUUACAAGCUAAGAAAUGAUAUAAAGAGAAUAUCUUUUUGGAUCUCCAAAGGAGGUGAUCCCUCAAGCAAUUUGGCUUUCCCAUGCUUUGAAGUUGAACGUUGUGCAAGUCAGAAAAUAAACAUAGUGUUUACUUGGCAAUCAUCAUAUGUUAUGUUCUUUGUUUUGAUGUUAUUGUUGAUAUAUUGUUGGUUUGUUUAGGUAUUCUAUAAUGUGUACUCGUGCAGUUUGGCCGCAUAACAUCGGAGGCACCAUCGCUUCUUUCAUACAGCUAAAGGGUAUGAAUCGUGGGCCAUAAACAAAUCUCAUCUUGUUCCCUUAAUCAUUUUCCUUGCCAGCAUCUUAGCUGUUUUUGUUUGACAAAGAGAGGCAAGAAGUCCCUUUUGAGGACAUGCCAGAACUACAACUGAUUUGUACAUUGUGGUGGAUCUGAGUCAUGUGCAGCUCUUAAUUGCUAGAUGGGGGCAGAUCACUUCCUGCUGAUGAGGAUAUCAGCAGCAGAUCUCUAGCAGAUUCAGAUUUGUCGGGCAUUGCGGAAACCUGACACCCUAUGUGGAGACCUACAUUGCUGCUUCCAUUUUGAUGAUGCACAUGCUCGUCGAAUCGCAAAAUGUGCUAUAAUCUGGAUUUAAAAUCCAACUGAGUUUUCUUAAGGCCUUUGGUAUUCUUGGUGCAGCUUGUCCCUUGGCUGACCUUCACAAAGGUGGCAUUUUAUACACCGUCUGAUGAACCUUUUGCACUGUUCAAUCUUUUUCCUGUAAACUGCUGUGGUCUAAAUUUCGUUUAGAACUGCCUUGUAUGAGGUUGUAAGAAUGGACUAAUUGCUAUCUAAGUUCAGUUCCGAAAAAUUACUGGAUUAACAUAGUUUGUGUUUCAACUUUCAAAUUUUGCCUUACUUUGGAGUCUGUUUUUCUGCUUCUGGCAAGUACGGACAAUCAUUGAGGCUUUGGGAGUUCUGCAGAAGAACACCAGUACAUUCAACAUUGAAGAAUGCAUCAUUCGUCGAUAUCAGUGGAGGCGUUGGCAUAUCUCCUUCAAUUUCUAAAGAAUGUUCAGAUUCCCUCCACCAUGUUCGUGCAGGCCUCUCUUUGCAUCUCCAGUUUUCUUUAUUCUAUCUCUCUAACCAGCAUUACACUCUUUUAUUCUAUUCUAUUUUCUGAGGUGAACCAUGUCUCUGUUUAGAGAUCAUAGACUUCCUCUCCCUCCCCUUGAUGAACCAAUGAUUAGUGAAGUGUCCCCAAUCAUUGAACCUUCUUCUCAGACAGGCCACGGCACUGUAAUCUUGGAUAAGUCACUGUUAUGUCUACCAGCUAGCAGUUGAACUUUUCUGAUCUUGUAACCUUCACAUCUCCAUGAUAUGCCUUGGUUGAUUUUAAUCAUUAACUUAUAGCCAUAAACUUCAUCCCAACCGUGGACUGCCAUUUCUUUAAUCAUAGUCACAUUUUUUAAAAUUUGAAGAUGAUGCCCAGCAACCUUUCUGAAUUCUGGUUCCUGAACAGUAUAAAAGCACCUCCACAGUUGUGUAUUAGUCUUCAUCCGGCAAACACCUCAGACACACAAACAAACUACACAAUCACUCGUGACCUCUCCAUUGCACAUCACAAUGGAGGCUGGAGGGUUGAUCACUGAGGUUGGUUGGACCGAGUUCGACUUUCUGUCGCAUGGAGAGGAGUCGGAGGUAAUGGCGCAGCUGCUAGGCGCCUUCCCCUCUCAUGAUGAUGACCUGAGCUCGGUCCAGGAGUAUGGUGCAGCUGAGUUUGUCAACAUGUUCUCAAACCAUUCCCCUAAUUUUUAUGGGAAUGGUGGUCGGAGCUGCGAGGAUGUGGAUGGCCCAAGCAUGAGUAUGCUCAACUCAGUAAGUGCUACCAACAAGAGAAAGCACUUGGCUGGAGAACUUGAUGGUCAAACAAGAGGCCGGAAAUGCGCACGGAGAGGUGAAACAAAGCGAACGAAGAGGGCCAAACAGAGUGGAGAUGAGGAUCCGAGUAUGGCCAUCGCGAGUGGAAGCCCAACAAGUUGCUGCACAUCUGACAGUGACUCCAAUGCCUCUCUGGAGUCUGCAGAUGCUGAUGCUCGUCCGAAAGGCAAGGCUCGGGCAGGCCGCGGCGCAACAACUGAACCCCAGAGCAUCUAUGCAAGGAAGAGGAGGGAAAGGAUCAACGAGAGGCUGAAGAUUCUGCAGAACCUGGUGCCCAACGGGACCAAAGUAGACAUCAGCACCAUGCUUGAGGAGGCAGUCCACUAUGUGAAGUUCCUGCAGCUUCAAAUCAGGCUCCUGAGCUCGGAUGACAUGUGGAUGUAUGCCCCAAUUGCGUACAACGGGAUGAACAUCGGGAUUGAUCUGAACAUGGACAGAUGAUCAGACGCGAACCUGAUGAAGGAAUUUGUACUUACCAAUGAAAUGUGCUUGGUAUAACCAGUCUGGUAGUUUUUUUAAAAAAAUACAGUCUGGAACUUUUUAUACAAUUUAAGGACCAUAGGUAAGGAAGCAGCCUGCUAGGCGGAGGUUCUGAAACUUCUGAAGACAAGGAGUUACAGUUGCCUACUGCACCACUUACAUGAAGAGACGGUUUUACUCCUAAAUUGCACGGGACAUUUUUUUUUUCUUUUGUCUUGAGAAGAGGCAUCUUUUAACAUUGUCAGGAAACCGAGAUCUUUUUUUCCUUUAUGUAAACUGUACAAGUUUUUGCCUCUUCAGCCCUACCAAGGACCAGCAGACACCACCGCACUUCGUUGACCUUUGACGGUUCGCUCGAAUCGCGCCUCUUGGCGCUUUCAUUUUAAACGUUUGAAACCUAGUCUUGCUCUUGCACAAGAGCAAUGCACACAAUAAACGCCAAAGACAGA